AUGGAGUGGUUGGACGAAGUAAGAUGGUGGGUCACGAGAAGACACGAUGGUUCCCCGCGGAGACAGAAGUGGAGUGGCUGUUGGUUCGCGGGUGGAUGA